AUGGACGACACGCCCGCCGCCGCACCUGCUGCCACCGCCGCUGCCGCCGCCGCUGCUGCCACUCCAGCGCAGCCCUCUCGCCCUGAAGAGCCGGAUUCACGAAACAGCUUACGGCACAUUCUGGCCGCCGACCCCCAGAUGGACGACUCCAAGCCCUCGCCCUCGCAGGGCACGACGCCUGUCCCCGACGAGAGCGAGGCUGGCGGUGAUGCGCCCGAGACGUCGAAGCCCGCCCCCGACCACGACCCGGCGCGCACAUACUACACGGCAACAACGACGACUACCCGCCGCAAUGCGAAUGGGAGCGUUUCGUCCGUCUACAGCGGCAACAAGAUCAAGCAUCUCAAAAAGGACGACGGUAUCCCGCUGUGGCGCAAGGACAUUCAGUACGACUUCCUCAAGCUCGUGUUCGAGGAUGACAAGCGCGUCUUCACCAAGCAAUCCGACUCGACCAGUGGCCAUACCUUUGCAGACAUCUAUCUGGAUGCCAUGGCAAAAAGCAGCAAGUGCAGCAAGAUCCUCAAAGACAAGCUGCUGACGGAGCGCCCGGCUGCAAUCAACAUGGCCAUGGUGUGCCUGCUGGUCAACGUCGGGCGCAUGAACACCACGCUCAACUUCUUCCCCGAAAUGCGCGCCCAACUACGAACCUACCACUCGAUUCCCUCGCUCCAGGCGCACCAAGACCCCAACGCCUACAAGCAGCUGCAAGAUGCGCCGCGCCUAAAAUCUAUCCUCAAGGGAGCUACCGAGGACCAAGAGCAACCCAGCACAAUUGAGGAAAUCAUGGCUGCCACCAUCCCCCGCACAAAUCCCGUAAACCUCAUCUUUGUCCUCUCCCAGUACGCCCCCAAAAUCUCGGAACUACACUUCUUCCCACCACGCGACUUCUUCGACCUAGUCAUGCGCUCCAACUUGAGCAGUAAGAGCAGAGCGACGGCUUUUCUGUGGCUCAUGUGGUGGUACCUCGAAAGCGACUUCACCAAGGAGGCUGCCGAGAACAACCCUUUUGGGGCUGGACAACCGGGGCCGGCGGAUGACCCAACUACAGCCGAAUUUCCCAUCAAGUGCCCACCGUUUGAAAUUCUGACGCCGGAGCAAGAGGCUUUGGAGAAUGUCGACACGGUCGACGAGCAGGCAUUUGGCGAAGUCAAGCGAAAGGAGAGAACGGCUAUCCUGGCGAGUGAUAUGGCGCCUGUGGUGACGGGCCCCAAACGCACCAACAAGAAGGUGGACGGUCCGAUCGUGUCAACAAGAUCUAACUGUGCUGUAGGAUUCAAUCAGAACCCAGUCUUUUCGAUAGCUGCCGAUGAUGGCGCCUCAACGCCUGGAAGGGACAGACAGUCGCCAUCACAUGGGUCUGCACGAGGACGUGGAAAGCUUGCAAAAUCCCUUAUGGAACGAGACUAUCCCUCAGAUACCGACCGUACGCGCUCAGCAUCUCCUCCUAACAGCGUCUACAACACGGCCAAGAAGAUGGCUACGCCUAACAUGCGCAUCAACACCCUUCUCAACGAAGACGGCCCGGCUUCAACCCCUGUACCCAAGGGUCCGGGUCGGGGGAACUGGUCCCGCAAUCGACAAUCCGGUAUAGGAGCCAGCGGCGGCCCGGCCGCCCGUAGUUUCAAAGCCAAACUUGAUGCGACUAAUUCACAAGAUGGCCAAUCGCCCUCAACAUCGGCGCCAACCUUCAACGGCCCCCACGGGUUCUAUCUCCCCUUGAACGGCUCUGACCCGUCGCAUAAGCGCACGCGGCCGCUGACUCAACACCAACUCGCCGUAGAGCAAUACCGCCGUCGCCGCGUCGACGUUAUCCUCGACCGCGGCAUCCGCAUCGAGUACAAGUCAGCCGCUAAGCGACGCCGCAAGGCCAACCCCUUUAUCCGCAGCUGGAUCCGAUGUAAAGGCAUGGCCGACGGCUACGACACCGAUGAAGAGACCUAUGCGCAAUUCGGCACCUCCAACGGUCUCAUCGACGCAGACUACACAGCCACAGGCGGUGGUGGCGGCACCAAAACACCACCUCCCAUGCCCUCUGGCCUGGUCCCCCUCGACUUCGGCGGCGAAGUCAACGACCACGGCGAGGAAUCCUAUUUCCGCGCCAAAAUGCUCAGUCGAGCUCUCCGCCGCCUCGAACGCUGGGAAGAAGGCAAAUCGGCGCCGCGUGCUCGCAGACCAAAAGCAGAAACCACAAAUGCCUCGGUUACCAGUGCCGGCGGCGCUACCACGGCUACGGCUACCGCGCCGAGACAGGCCGGGCUCGAGAGCGGCGACGAGGAAGAUGUAGAGGAUCUUAUGGAUGUUGAUGAGGCCGAGGAUGUAAGUGAUGAUGACACCGAAGAUGAGACGAUGCUUGAGGCUGCUGGUGCUGCUCCUGGUACUACUACUGCUGCUGCUGGUGCUACGGCUACGGCUACGCCUAUUCCUGCUGCUAAGGCUGGUGCGAGUGCAAAGUGGGAAGCGGGUGUUUUGCCCCCUUUACCUAGGAUGUCGUAG